GUGACCAGCCGAGCCGCACACUUCACACAUCCUACCAAGAGUAAUUACACAGGCAAGCGGACAGUUAGACAGAGACCCAGAGAAGACUCCAAACAGGGGAAGAGAAAGAGAGAGAGAAGGGCUCUGGACACACUUGCAGGAGAGACACACACACGACACAACUCACUCAUAAACUGAAAGAGUGGGAUUUUACCACACUAAGUUCAAUUAAGGAUACGUCUUAAUUUAUAUAGCAAUCAACUUGGGAGAGAGGGAGAGAGAGGGAGAGAGAGAGAGAGAGAGAGAGAGAGAGAGAGGGGGAGAAACUUUCAACAGCUUUGACAGAAAAAGACACCCUGUCAGUUACUUCGUGCAUUGGUGUUAAAGAUGUCAUGUUUCAUGCCACUCUGUCUGUCCAUUUGGGCAGUGCUCAUGAUGCCUGGCAGGACAAGUGCACUGAAUGACAACAUCACCGUGAUGGUUAUGUUGCCUCGCAACAACACAUACCUGUUCUCGUACACGAGAGUUUUUCCGGCUAUUGAGUACGCGAGAAAAGCCCUCAGAAAAGCAGACGCGUAUGCGGGACUGAGAUUCGAUGUGCGCCAUGAGAACUCCGCGUGCGGGAUGGACGCUCUCUACGCGCUCGUGGACCGGCAGAAAGACGAGCGUCCCGACCUGGUCAUCGGUCCGGUGUGCGAGUACGCGGCUUCGUCGGUCACGAGGGUGGCAUCGCACUGGAACAUCCCGGUGAUCUCGGCAGGUGCUCUGGCCACGGGCUUCAACGUCAAAACCCCCGAGUACUCGCAUCUGACACGAAUCGCACCAACAUACCUGAAGAUGGCUGAGACCUUUCAGGCGAUAUUCGGACAUUUCGGCUGGAGAACCGCUUAUUUGAUUUACGACGAUGAUAAAGAUGAGAGAAACUGUUACUUUACGAUGGAGGGAGUUUUUACGGUGCUCUCUGAGUACCACAUCUCAACAGAUUUUGCCGUGUUGAACUCCAACGAGGAGAAGGUAGACCCCGACGGGAUCAUCACCUCCAUCUAUGGGAGCGAAGUGGUGAUCAUGUGCUCUAAGGCGGACAUAGUACGAGAUCUCAUGCUGGCAGCACAUCGGCGAAAAUUAACCAGCGACAGCCACAUCUUCUUCAACAUCGAGCUCUUCAACUCCUCGUCCUAUGGGGAUGGAUCCUGGAGGAGAAGAGACAAAUAUGAUGAUGAAGCCAGGGCUGCCUACAGCUUUCUCAACACUGUAACGCUGCUCAGGUCCACCAAGCCAGAGUUUGAGGACUUCUCCAUAGAAAUGAAAAAAUCAUUACAGCAGUCCAACAUCCCUAUUUGUGAAGAUUGCAGUGCUGUCAACAUGUUUAUGGAGGGAUUCCAUGAUGCUUUGCUUCUAUAUGCAAUUGCCUUGCGUGAAGUGAAAAGUAAAGGUCUGACGAAAAAGAAUGGACUGGAAAUCACACACAGCAUGUGGAACAGAACAUUUGAAGGCAUUGCUGGCCAGGUGUCUCUGGAUGCCAAUGGCGACCGGAAUGGGGAUUUCUCUGUUGUGAGGAUGACCGAUCCAGAGUCAGGAAAACAUGAGACUGUCAUGAACUACUUUGGCACUAAUGGAAGUUUCCAGAUCUUGCCGGGUUUCAAGAGGGAAUGGUUCUCCUUGCGAACAAUACCACCUCCAAAACCUCUCGACCCAUCAUCAGGUGGACUAGGUGUAUCAGCGGUGACUGGGAUAAUAGUAGGGGGGAUUCUGGGAACAGCUCUUCUCCUGGCAUUCUACUUCUUUAGGAAGAACUACAGAAUAACCAUUGAGCGGAGAACACUUCGAGAAGAGUGUGACAUCGGGAAACACCGUCAGCUGCGGGAAGACUCCAUCAGAUCCAACUUUUCAGCAGCGUAGUCUGAAAGUCGUAAGUCGACUUCUGGGGUGAUCACAUUCGGGGAAGGUGCAUCUCAAAUUGGUCUGUGGGCUCACCAAACACCGUCCCAGGACCCACCCAGAACUAUUUAUAGACAUGCUGUAGUGUUUUGGUUUUUUCCAUGUAAAUAUCUCUUGCUCUUCAAUUCGUAAACUCAGGAAAGUUGAAUUAUUGGAGGAGAAGUGCUCACAUGAAAAAGGGUCUUUUUUAAUUUAGCUACAGACCAUUUUUCCUGCCAAACUCGUCUUGAGGAAGCCUGUCAGUUUUGUAGAGAUAAUGGGUGCGAUCAGCUGCUUGGUCGUUGGGGAGAAGCGGUUACAUGAUAUUGAGGACUGUACGAAUGAUACUCAGAACUUAAGCUUUCUUUAAGCGCAACACUCUCCCCAGUGAUCAUGGUGUCACAUUAACUUCCUCUUCUUGCUUUUAGAGAAUGUCCAGUAGAACACACUGAUAAACAUCCAGUCUUUCUUCAUUCUUUCUUCUAGACUUGGUCAGGAGGCACUGAUGAAUCCAAAACUGAUGUGAACUUUAAAACAAUGUUCCGCUGUUUCGACGCAUAUCUAGCAGGCCUUCCUGUAUCCAAUUUGGCUCCGUGCUGAAACACUGAACUGUUUUUAUUUAUUAUUAUAAAUGCAGAUUUCAUUCAUAGGUUUUAGUCCCACUAAUUAUAACACAACCAUAUAGAAAUUCCACUCUCAUUCUUAUUUUGAUUUACACUGCCAUAUACAGACGCUGCUGGGCGCCUCAAAUGUUGUAUGACUGGUUGCGGGAAUGGUUUCAAGACUCAAUCGAUAAAACUGACUGUUUUAAAACUAAACCAACUUAUUCUGUCCUUUCAUAUUAGUAUGUUUGACUUUUUUAAACUCAUCAUGCUUUUAAAAAUCGUCAAUGUCCACUAUAGGCCUCCUCCAACAUUGCAGUUUUGUAAAGCCUGAUUUUUACUGUUAAACACUUUUUGAAUCCUAGAUAGAGAUUGUAAGCAGAGAUGACUGUGCUCAAAUCAUGCCUGACUCUCCAUUCUGCAUUGGUGAAGGUGAACUGCAGAGGCAAGCAAAUUCUUUGGUUUAAAAAUACAAAAAGGAGGUUGUUAGGAUGUUAUGUAAUAGAAAUAUAGUUACGCCACAAAACGAUUUUAUACACAACAGAAGCCGGUCUACCUGUCAGCGAAAGAUUUUGAAAAGCUAUGUUCAAUUUAUAUUGCACAUGUACAUUUUUUUGUCUUUAGAUUGUCUUUGUCAGGAGGUGGUUAUCAAUAAUCUAUCAGUUUAAUAGCAUAUAAAGUAUAUUUUUAACAUUUGUGAUGAUACAGUAAUGAUGAUGAGAUGUAAAUGUGAGGUGUCACAUUUAAGACCAUCUCUAUGUUUUGUGUGUCAAAAAAAAAUCUAGGAUUUUAUUCAAGCUUGGUGGCAAUUGUAUACUGAUGUAAGUAAAUGUAUCAACAUAAGAUUUGAUGUUAUUUAUUGAUAUUUUUGUAGAGGUUUCAUUUUUCUUAGUGUUGAUUUUAACAUUGUUUCUUGUGUGAAAUAUAUCAGAAUCUUUUUUGUAAACAGUAUAUCUGCCUUGUCAGAGCAAAUUUUACCUGAUAAGUAUAUUUACAAGGCUUUGUAAACACUCAGAAGAACUGUAACUUAUUUAGAUUGAUACAUA